CGGCGGGGGCGGGGUCCGCGGCGUCGCUUCCGCGCGUGCGCGGCCCUGGGGCCUGGAAAAUGGCGCCGCUCUUGCUGCAGCUGGCCGUGGUCGGCGCGGCGCUGGCAGCCGCUGUGCUAAUGCUGGUUUCCUUUAUUGCAUUUAUAACUGCUACAAAAAUGCCACACCUUCAUCUACAUGAAGAAGAGAAGUUCUUCUUAAAUGCCAGAGGCCAGAAGGAAACUUUACCCAGCAUCUGGGACUCACCUACCAAACAACUCUCUGUUGUUGUGCCUUCGUACAAUGAAGAAAAACGGUUGCCUGUGAUGAUGGAUGAAGCUCUGGGCUACCUAGAGAAGAGACAGAAACAGGAUCCUUUGUUCACUUACGAGAUGAUAGUAGUUGAUGAUGGCAGCAAGGACCAGACUUCAAAGGUAGCUUUUAAAUAUUCCCAGAAAUAUGGAAGUGACAAAGUACGAGUAAUAACGCUGGUGAAGAAUCGUGGAAAAGGCGGAGCUAUUAGGAUGGGUGUAUUCAGUUCUCGAGGAGAAAAAAUCCUUAUGGCAGACGCUGAUGGAGCCACAAAGUUUCCAGAUAUUGAGAAAUUAGAAAAAGGACUGAAUGACCUACAGCCUUGGCCUGAUCAAAUGGCUAUCGCAUGUGGAUCUCGAGCUCACUUGGAAAAAGAAUCAGUUGCCCAGCGUUCUUACUUCCGUACCCUCCUCAUGUAUGGGUUCCACUUCCUGGUGUGGUUCCUUUGUGUCAGAGGAAUCAGGGACACACAGUGUGGGUUCAAAUUACUGACUCGAGAAGCUGCUUCACGGACGUUUUCAUCACUGCACAUCGAACGAUGGGCAUUUGAUGUAGAACUGCUUUACAUAGCACAGUUCUUAAAAAUUCCAAUAGCAGAAAUUGCUGUCAACUGGACUGAAAUUGAAGGUUCUAAAUUAGUUCCAUUUUGGAGCUGGCUGCAAAUGGGCAGGGACCUCCUCUUUAUCCGACUUCGAUACUUGAUGGGUGCCUGGAGGCUUGAACAAACCAGGAAGAGGAAAUAGGCCAUGUGCAGCUUUUGUAUUCUUACGCAUCAUCGUCACAUUUCAUUUGAAAUCAAAAUUUUAAAUAAAGCUGAAAUAAACCUAUUGCCAAUGUCUGCCUUUUGACAAUUUUAAAGAAUAAACUGCCAUAAGUAAAAAAAUUGUA